UGUGCGUUUCUAAACCCGACGAGUCUGUCCGCAGAUGCUGCUGCUGAUACCGAGCUAGAGCUGUGGAUUAUUGCACAAGAGAGCAGGCUGGUGCCGAGUGGGUGGCUUUUCACCCACACUCAGUACUUUUCAUCUCUCGCUUUUCUUUCAUCUACUGUUGCUUUCUUAUUGAGUGACACGCGGACUAUGAAAAAUAUGACUUUUCGACGCGUAAAGAAGCUGAACUCAAACGAGCCGGACAGCGGGUCCUUGUGUAAUGACAGUGGGGAGAUCUACUUUACGUCCUCCAAAUCGGAAAGCUGUGGGACUGUGGAUCGUGGACCCUCAAACUCCGCCGAGCUUUAUAAUUAUAAGACCCUCGCUUACUCUGGAGGGACCUUACCUAGGAACUUUAAAAAGCAGAAUGGUGGGCUGCAAAAAUGGAAGCCCCUUUCGCACUCUCCAGAACCACAAAGGAAAACAGUGAUCCUGAUGAAGAAAGAAGAGGAGGCCUUUGGCUUCGAGAUCCAGACAUACGGGCUACAUCACCAAAGUGAGAACUCCGUAGAGAUGUGCACGUUUGUUUGCAAAGUCCACGAAGACAGUCCUGCCCAACUUGCAGGCCUUAAAGUCGGAGACACGAUCGCCAGCGUGAAUGACACUUCGGUUGAAGGCUUUCGCCAUAAAGAUAUCGUCCAGCUCAUUAAAUCAUCAGGGAACAGCAUUAGGCUAGAAACCGUCUACAGCGACUCUAUACGAAAAGCAGAAUUGGAAGCACGACUGCAGUAUCUGAAGCAAACCCUGCAUGAGAAAUGGGAUGAGUACAGAUCUCUAAUGGUGCAAGAGCAGCGGUUAGUGCAUGGCAUCGUCAUGAGUGAUGUGGCUGUGUAUGAGUCUCUGGAGUCAGCCGGUGUGUACGGUAGCCUGGGCGCUCCGAGCCCUGCGGCCAUGCGCGCGUUAUGUGGCACCGGGAGCACGAGCAGCAGCAUCAGCCGUCUUAGUGCCACCACAACUGAAGACGACCCACUCUACCAAACCUGCAUCUUUCAGGGAGAACGUUCCAACAACGCCAGCAUCGACGAGCUCGAUGCAAACCAAGAGAAGACUCAAAGCGGUCGCCCACGCCUCAUUCGACCCGCCAGCGAGCUCUUCACUACCGCCAAGACCACCCUGACCCGCAGCGCCAGCACACGCAGUUACCUGAGAGGCCCAGCGCUGUCGUCGACAUCCUCAGUGCCUAACGGAGAAAAACAGCAGUGCGGAGGCUUCAGCACACUGCAGCGCAAACCCAAACAGAAGAGCUUCAGGCGGAGGCUGCUGAAGUACAUUCCCGGACUAAACAGACCCCUGGAAGAGGAGGAAAGCAAACUGUGAGAAACAAAAGCGAACUGAGAUUCAAAGACUCACUUAGCCAAAGACUAAAUGUAAAGGAAACUGAAGACCAAAAGAGGAGGCCAAGAUAAACCAAAUAAUCCAGUGAUGAUAAAAUAGCAUUUUUGAUAGUUUCCUGAGAAAAAUCAAAAGCCUGUUUGGUCAGGUUGGUAGUGUGCCAAAAGUUUCAAGGCCAAACGAUUGGUUGGGCAACUUAAAUAUUCGUUAUAGACUUGAAGUAUUCAAAUUUGUCUGAAAUGCUGAGAGUAGAUGUGGAUGUAUGUAUGUUAGUUGCUGGAAUAUUGUUUGAAAUUCUGUAACAAGUUAACAAGAUGUGGACCAGUGUGUCUUAAUCGCUCCUUAAACAACUCCUUUAACUAGUUUAUUAA